AUGAAACCAAGAUUGAACGAAUCUUCAUGGUUAUUUGCUCGCAGGUGGAAUGCUCAUCGAACACUGCAGGAUGAAAUUGCGUUUGAAUGGCGUUCUUUACGUGCAAUAAAUUGUCAUGUGUGUGACUGCACGCAAUCGCGCACACUAUGCCCAAGCCCGCGCGACGGACGAUUUCGUCGUCGCGAUCUCGUCGCCCAAACCACCGAUUUCCCCGGCGAUGAAAUCGCGGCGACGAAAUCGUGGACACUAUGCCCGUUC